GUUCAAAGGAGUGUGGUAUAACUACUCUCUCUGCUUUCUUAAGUUAUACACUCCCCUACACCUCCCUGUUGCUCCUUAUUUUACAGACUUGAGAAACUGUGAAGACCAAAGAAUACCAAUCCAGCAAAUUUGAUUAGUGAAGUACAUUGACUUCAAUUCAUAAGAUGGCUUCGGGAACCAGGAAAGCUACAGCACAAACAUCACUUCAGGCGAAUAGAAGACCCUCACUAGAAACAAUACCAAAAUUGACCAAAACAACAGAAAUGGCUGAACAAAAUGAAUCACUUAUUGAAGAAAUGAGAAGACUGAAUGCUAUAACAAACGCUGAAAUUUACAAAUCGGCAGAGGACAUGAAACGGGAGUUUAGGACAGAAUUGGGAGAGAUAAGAGCAUGUUUGGACAGACUCGAGGAAGACAUAAACAAAACAAAAGGAAAGGUGAAGGACUUAGAAGAUAAGUCUAGCAAAAUGACAAAGAAGAUCGAGAUGAUAGAAAAAGAACAAAUUGAUGAUCAAGAACAGAUUUUACGACUCCAAUUGAAGCAGAGAGAAAAUUGCUUAAAACUUCGAGGCCUACCUGAAAAAACGAAUGAAAAUUUAUACGUAGAACUUUCAUCUAUCCUUGCAAAAUUUGUGGACGAACCAGAGGCUCAAUUUCCAUGGGAAUUAGACCGGGUGUACAGAUUAAACUCUUACAUAGCCAAGACAAGGAAACUGCCAAGAGACGUUGUGGUCUAUUUCGUACGUAAACAAACUCGGGAUCUCGUUUUACAACAAAGCUUUAAAUCUAAGCUGAUAAUCGAAAACAAGGAAAUCAUGAUUUUGAAAGAUAUCCCGGGGAAGAUCUUAAGGAGGAGAAAAGACUACAACUUUCUGGUAGAUAAACUGAAGAAUUACGAUAUCCCCUUCAAAUGGGAAGAAAUUGAAGGCCUUCAGGUGAGCUGGAAACAAAAGAAAUUCAAAGUGAAUUCAAUUUUGAAAGCAAAAGAACUUCUAAACGAUAUACAAGAGGACCUUAAGAAGCAAGGACAAGGAGGAGGGGAAAGUACAAAAGAGGGGUGAAAUUCUGCUUAUUAAUAAUUUGUAUUUACUUAUAGUAACCUAAUUAGUUUCAAGUUGAUUUUAAUAUAGAGAUUAAUUUUGUCUGGUAGUGUUAAAAGACAUUAAGUAGAAUAGGUGAAUCUCUUUUUAUCUAUCGAUUUUUUCUUUUUGUGUGUGUAAUAAACUUACUUACAAAUUAUAUAAAUAAAGCUUCCAACACAAUAGCGAAACUUGGUGUGUGUUAAAUCAUUAGUAAGCUGAAAAACGUAAAUUUACUAUGAGAAUUCUAUCAUUGAACGUAAAAGGAUUAAACACACCCCAGAAAAGAAAGAGAGUUUUUCACUUUUUAGAAAAGAAUAAAGCAGAUGUGGUAUGCCUACAAGAAUCUCGUAUUAGAAAUAAAGACAAAAGACUUGUCAAGAAUAAAAAACUUGGGAAAGAAUAUGUAUCUGCUAUUGAUAAAAGCAAAAGUGGGGUAAUCAUAUAUGUGAAAGAGUAUAUAGAAUCCAAAGAAAUUUUUAAAGAUCAAAAUGGGCAUUACCUGGGUGUUGAAAUCAAUUGGAAAGGGAAAAAAUGUUUAAUAUUAGGCAUAUAUGGCCCCCUUGACAACAAAAAUGUGUUCUACCGUAAAAUUCAGGGAAAAUUGGCAAAUUACGAAUAUGAAAAUAUUAUAAC